AUGUUCUGGCUUGAUGCGUGGAAGGGAGAUGGGAUUUUGAAAGAUAGAUAUCCCCAGUUGUAUGACCUUGACACUGACAAGAGGUGUACAGUUAUGCAGAAAAUUAAUGGAAACUCUAUCUUGUGGAGAUCAUGUCCGUUAGCAAGGGGACUAGAAAGCGAUUUAGGGUCACUAUACAACGAUAUUUCCCACACAAGACUCACGUCCGGAGUCGAUCAACUGCAUUGCCAUCUUAUGGCAGAUGGAACUUACACGGUGGAGUGCCUUAGAAACAUGAUUGACCACAAUCCACUUCCAUUGUCCUGUCCACUUGUUAGAUGGUGUAAAGAAGCUCCAAUAAAAGUCAUAUGCUUCAUUUGGAGGGCAGCUCAAGGGCAUAUCCCCUCAGCUAUGUCACUUGCUCAUCGUGGUGUUAGUCUUAGUGAGACCAUGUGUGGUUCGUGUGUGGGUGUAGAUGAAUCAGUAUACCAUAUGCUAGUAUCUUGUCAUUUUGCACAACAUAUACGAAAUAUAAUCUUCAAGUGGUGUGGAGUUGGACCAACCCAAAUUAAUACUGUUCACUAA